UAUUUUCAGAUAAUGAUCUGAUGAAAAUGUCCGACCAUGAACGAGGGGAGGAUUCGGAAAGGCCUGAGCCGCCUCCUCGCGCUGGCAAGCGGAAAGGCUCGGAGUGGGAGAUCCUCGGAAAUCUGGAGAAAGGGGUUCACUACACCAUAAAACCAAAGAGAUAUGAAGGAUAUUUGUCUAAGCGAAGAAAAUGGCCGUUGAAAGGUUGGCACAAAAGAUAUUUUAUCAUGGAGUUGGGAGUUCUAACUUACGGGAAAACCAAGACGGAUAUUACUCGAGGAAGAACUCUAGGAAAGUUUAAUAUUGGCGAGGCUGUGAUCUCUGCAAACUAUGCUGAUAAGAGGAUUGAUAUUGAUGCAGAUGAGAGUGUGCAUCAUGUCAAGGCGGAGAACUUGGAGGAGUUCGGUCUGUUCUUGGAGCAACUUCAGCAGCAUAGGCUUUAUACGCAGAAUAUUUCAAACAAUGGACAGGCGGCAAUUCUCUCUCUAGAGGAGGGAAGUGCUUCUCCUAUCGGUAUUGGAACCUUACCUCGUGGGAUUCGAACUGGGAGAUCAAACCUUAUCGGAGAAUUCGCACAGUUAGACGAGAGUAUUAACGCACACAUGGAGCACAUGAACAACCAACUGUCCUCUCUCCUCGACAUGGUCAAUAAACUGGAGGACACGGAGCACACCGGGCACAAGAAGAAACUGUUCCAACUGAGAAAGAAAAAGUCUACUGGAGUUUCUAGUUCUAAUUGUAAAACAAGCAACACCUCGGAGCGGGAUAGAGCUAGUCCAGUUCUAUCAACUCUAGGUUCUCAUGAUAUGGAUAUUGAUCAACUGUCCGUGACACUCUCUGGAAUGGCUCAAUUAUCCAGCUCCAACCCGAGCUUGAACACGCUGAGCAGUACAGGGCGUCCUGUCAGUUUACCACCUGAUAGUACUCUUCACAGAGCUAUGAAGGUUGGUUCGGCUCAUGAUGCUUCUACUAAGGAAGAUAUUCUUCAACUAUCCAACGAUAUUCUUACAGAUCUGAACAACAUGACUACUAGAUAUAACAAGCAGAGAGAUCACAUCAAGAUGCUUCUUGAGACAGAAUCCAAGACGAGUAGUCUACAGCCCCAGGUUGGGCUUGUUGCCUCGCUCAGGCAAUCCUUGAACACAACCUUACAGCAGAACACCCAGCUCAAGAAUAAACUGGCCAGAAUUCAUGCAGAAUCAGAGACAGGAGAUAUACCUACGCUUAAUGCACCGUCAGAUUCUACAUUGACCAGAGGAUUGAACGGUUCUCUCUCCUACUCGUCCUCUUGUAUCUCGGAGUUCUUCGAUGCUCGUGAGUAUGCGGAUAGUGGAGAGGAGACGGACGAUGGAUUAUCAGAUUCUGAUAUCAGCGACACUGCCGAGUCUGGUACCGAGGAGGAUGACAACAUGUUCAUUGAAGCAACAUCUACCGCUGUUAUUCAAGAGGAUUCUCAGGAUAAAGCUGGAACCAUGGCUCUGACAGGAAGAAGAAGAACUCUCCCUGUACCUAAAACCGAAACUGAAGGAGUUAACUUGUGGAAUCUUCUUUGCAAGAAUAUUGGGAAAGAUCUGUCUAAAAUAUCUAUGCCUGUUACUCUAAACGAACCCUUGUCUACCCUACAGCGUUUAUGUGAAGAGCUGGAGUAUACUGAGCUACUGGAGAAGGCUGUAAAAGGAGAAACACCGCUAGAGAGGUUGCAGUGGGUGGUUGCUUUCUCUAUCAGUUCUUAUGGAUCCUGUAAUGCCAGAGCUAGUCAUAAACCCUUUAAUCCGUUGCUGGGGGAAACAUUUGAAUGUGUCCGGGAUGAUAAAGGAUUCAGGUUUAUAUCUGAGCAGGUUUCACAUCAUCCUCCUAUCUCAGCUGCUCAUGCAUCUGGAGCAGGAUGGGAGUGGGCACAAAACCUAAGAAUAAGAUCUAAGUUCUGGGGAAAAUCUAUGGAAUUUCAACCUGAAGGAAAUGUAUCCUUGAAGCUGAUGAAGAACGGUAAAGAAGAAGUGUACACCUGGAACAAAGUUACCAGUUGUAUCCACAACCUUUUAGGAGCAGAGCGAUGGGUUGACCUUUACGGAGAAUCCGUGAUUAACUGCGAGGAAACCGGUUUGUCUGCUAGAAUACAGUUUGUGAAAGCAAGCUACUGGUCGACUAAACGUCACGAACUCUUUGGAACCAUCACGGACCCGAGCUCAAACAUCCUGCAGAACCUGUUUGGGAAGUGGAGUGAGGCGUUGUAUGUUGGAAAGGCUCCGUCUGCCAAGUGUAUCUGGAGACCUGGAUCUCUACCAGAGGAUGCUCAGCUCUACUACGGGUUCUCCAGGUUUGCAAUUGAGCUGAAUGAGCUGAUGCCCGCGGAGGCUCCCCUGCUCCCUCCUACGGACGUGAGGUGGAGACCGGAUCAGAGAGCUCUAGAGGACGGAAAGAUCGGAGAAGCGGAGAAUAUUAAACUAGGCGUGGAGCAGGCUCAGAGGGAUCGAAGGAAGCAGAGGGAGACAGGGGAGUUGAAAGGGUACUCUGCUCUGUGGUUUAACGAGGACCUGGAGAACAUUGAGGCGGAUCCAGAUGAUGAAUCAAAACCUGAUAAAUGGUCCUUCAACCAUACAUACUGGAAGAAGAGAAACGAAGGCUUUCAUGGUAUUCAGUUUGAACCAUUGUGGUGAGAAACUGGUCAUGAUAUUUAGUUUAAACCACUGUCGUGAGAACCUCGUUAUAAUACCCGAGUAUUUAGAUUCAACGUUUAAACUCCAAGAAUCAUAUGCGUAGCAUUUUCUGUGACAAAUAGCAUAAAAUUCUUUAUUUUAUAUUCUUAGAUAAGAAACUAUACCUAGAGCCUAGAAUCUAGGAUAACUAGUGAUUAUUUUACAACAUAACUCCUGCUCUUUUAUAUAUAUAUUUUCGGCAGAUAUCGACCAAAUCAUUGUGAAUAUUGAACCGACCCCUGUAGCGCAACCAGGCAGGCAUUGUGAUUGAAAUUAUUGUACAAUUAACGUUCCCGGUUUUUUUUUAUGGUUUUACCAAAAGCAAGCUAAUCUGUUUGAAUUGGUACCUUGAAAAAUGCAAAUUUUUUAUUUUAUAUAUUUUAGUACAUCUAUGAGCUGCAAUUUACAUUUUUUAUUAAACGAUGAGAAGUAAAUCAAGCAAGGAUACAAAUGUAUAAAGCUCUAUGCAUUCAAUACAUAAACUUGACAUUUCAAUUUAGUAAAAAUGAGAUUUAACAUUUCAAAAUAUUGUUUUCCCGGGAGUUUUUCAAAUCUAAUGCAGUACACUAAAUCCAAAUUUGUCUUUAGUACACUGUACAUAUUUACAUUGCACUGUACAUAGACGUAUACAGUUGUACAACAAGAUAUGGUUUAUCUCUUGUAAAAAAAUCUACUUAAGGCAAUAUAAUUGCUCUAUGCUCAGCUUUUCCCCAGCCUUCAGCCUAUGUCGUAUGUAAUGAUAUGAAAAUCUAAAAAAUUGAAUGAAUUAUCGGAACCUGGCGCUUUAUGAAUAUGAUUCUCAAUCCCAACAGAGAUUAAUUUUACCCAGUCGAAUAAUAUUUGUGAUUGAAUAUUUAUUAGAAUUUUAUUUAAUAAACGUGAUAAUUUUA